GUCGAGCUUUAGAGCCAAAUUUGAAGGAGCUGAGGCUCGGGGACGCAGCCAAGAAGCUGGAUCUUUCGCGGUUUCCACGGCUGCCUGGGCCCGUUGAGUCCAGUGAUCAUGCCUAUCCGUGCACUAUGCACCAUCUGCUCCGACUUCUUCGACCACUCGCGCGACGUUGCUGCCAUCCACUGCGGCCACACCUUCCACCUGCAGUGCCUCAUCCAGUGGUUCGACACAGCACCCAGUCGGACCUGCCCACAGUGCCGAGUCCAGGUUGGCAAGAGAACCAUUAUCAAUAAGCUCUUCUUCGACCUUGCCCAGGAGGAGGAGGGUGUCCUAGAUGCCGAAUUCUUAAAGGUGCAGCUUCCUUUGUGCACAAGGGACCGGAUUGGCAGAAACCUCUCAAGGAAGUGGGAUUGGAGUUCGCAAAAUGAACUGGAUAACGUCAGGGCCCAGCUUUCCCACAAAGAGAGGGAGAAACGGGACAGCCAGGACGUCAUCGACACUCUGCGGGCCACGCUGGAAGAACGCAACGCCACCGUGGAAUCUCUGCAGGGGGCCUUAGACGAGGCCGAAAUGCUGUGCUCCACCCUCAAGAAGCAGAUGAAGUUCUUGGAGCAGCAGCAGGAUGAGACCAGACAGGCACGGGAGGAGGCCCGCCGACUCAGGGGCAAAAUGCAGACCAUGGAGCGGAUUGAGCACCUACUCAAGAGCCAGCGGCCUGAAGUGGAGGAGAUGAUCCGAGACAUGGGCGUGGGCCAGUCAGCAGUGGAGCAGCUGGCUGUGUACUGCGUGUCCCUCAAGAAAGAGUACGAGAAUCUGAAAGAGGCACGGAAGGCCUCAGGGGAGCUAGUAGACAAGCUGAAGAAGGACUUGUUUUCUUCCAAAAGCAAGUUGCAGACAGUCUACUCGGAACUGGACCAGACCAAGUUGGAGCUGAGGUCAGCCCAGAAGGAUCUGCAGAACGCUGACAGGGAAAUCGCGAGCCUGAAAAAAAAGCUAACGAUGCUGCAGGAAACCCUGAACCUGCCACCAGUGGACAGUGAGACUGUGAACCGCCUGGUUUUAGAGAGCCCAGCCCCUGUAGAGAUGCUGAACCUGAAGCUUCGGCGGCCAGCCUUCAGUGAUGAGAUCGACCUCAAUGCCACCUUUGAUGUGGAUACCCCCCCAGCCCGGCCCACCGGCAUUCGGCAUGGCCAUGCCAAGAAGCUCUGCCCAGAGACGGCACACUCUCCCAUUCAGGAUGCUCCCAAGAAGGUGUCCAAAGCCUGCAGGCAGGAGACCCAGCUCUCGCUGGGCGGCCAGCACUGUGUGGGAGAACCAGAUGAGGAGCUGGCUGGCGCCUUCCCUCUCUUCAUCCGGAAUGCCGUCCUGGGCCUGAAACAGCCCAAGAGAGCCAGGGCAGAGUCCUGCCGCAGCACAGAUGCAGUGCGGACCGGCUUCGAUGGUCUUGGGGGCCGGACAAAAUUCAUCCAGCCUACUGACACAACUAUUAUCCGCCCACUACCUGUGAAGCCCAAGGCCAAGGCGAAGCAGAAAGUCGGGGCCAGGAAGGGGCUCCCUCCCUCCCAGGCCAAGCUGGACACUUUCCUGUGGUAGAGAGAACAGUGCAUCUGAUUGAUGGCCACAUGGAUGCCUCUGACUUGUAUGUCCAAGACCGACUCAGCGGGGGUUUGUGGGGCAGAGCCCCUCUCCCAGGACCAGUCUCAAAGGCUGUGGUGGACAAUAAGUGGGGCUGAGGGUCAGGCCUAGAGGAUGUGCUUUUCCGUAGCAUACCCUGGCCCGCCGCCACCAUACUGGGCCUAGCGGUCACCGUUGCCACCAGCGGGGCUUGCUCCUUGUUGGAAGCGCCUAUUUAUUGCCAGGACCACAUGUUGGGCCACUUCUGAUCGUCCAGACCAGGUCGGCUGUGUGGACCAGGGUGCCGGAGACUUCCCAGGCGGCUUUAGCCUGCCCAAGCUCUGCCUGCUUCUGGCUUCUUGCUAGGCAUGGCCUGGGCCCAGCAGAAUGGGGAUGGGGGGCAGUGGUAGGGAGAGAAUAGGGGCAAGUUUUCUGUGUUGGAAAUAAAAAAAAAAA